CUUCAUCUGAAACUGAUGAGGAAGGUUGGAAAAUCUGUCACGGCAGACCGGUGGGAAAAAUACCUGAUCAAGAUGUGUCAAGACUUCAACAGCACCUGGGCUUGGGAGAUGGAAAAAAAAGGAUACCUUGAAAUGAGCACCGAAUGCAAAUUGGGAAUUUUGAAGUACCUUUGUGAAUGCCAGUUCGACGACAAUCUAAAGUUUAAGAAUAUCAUCAACGAGGAAGACGCCGACGCCAUGCGCCUUCAGCCUCUGGGCCGAGACAAAGAUGGCUUGACCUACUGGUACCAGUUGGACCAAGAGCAUAACGUCCGGAUGUACGUGGAAGAGCAGGACGAUCAAGAUGGAUCUUCGUGGAAGUGCAUCGUCAGAAGCCGAAAUGAGCUGGCUGAAACUCUUGAGCUCCUGAAAGCACAAAUUGAUCCUGCACUGUUGAAAAACCAGGAAAACUCCUCGCAAGAGAGUCCUAGCACUGAAGAUGAAGAGGCCAAAAAGAGGGAAGACACACCAAUGCAAGGGGAGCCGGCAGAGGGACUGCCCCAGCCCAGCGAAAAACCUCCGCCUCCCGCGGUUCCAGCAGAGGAGAAGAAGAUCAAAGUAGAGAAAGCGGAAGAGAGGGACAUCAUCAAGCUGCCCGUUAUCGUCAAACUCGAAAAGCCCCCGGAGAACAACGGGGAAGUGCCGAGCGCCAAAGAGGAGAACGACUCCUUCAAAGAAAACGUGAAGCCCGAGAAAGCGGAAGCGAAGGAGCACAAGCCGGAGCCCAAAGACUCCAGAGAGGCCAACAGCCACGCCGAGCGGCUGGCCCUCGAGCCGGAGAGGAUCGAGUUCUGCGUCAGCGUCAAAACGCCCCAAGAUGUCGCGGAGAGAACGGCGGAAGAGAACGAGAAGCUGAAAAACGACCAGCAGGCCAAGAUCCCCCUCAAAAAACGGGAGAUCAAGCUGACCGACGAUUUCGACAGCCUGCUGAAAGCGCCCCUGCGGAAAUGCAUCACCCCAACCAAAGAGGUGUCCAAAGAGGAAGCGGGAAAACCCGAGGAGGAGACCUUUAAGAGGGUUCCCACCAUCACCGACGGGAAGUUCCUGGUCAACGGGGAAAUGGGCGGGGAGAAACUCCCGUUGAAUAACAAAUUGGACCGUUCCCCUUGCCCGAAGGAAGAAGCUGCCGGCCUGCCGAAGGAGAAAAACGGGCUCGGGGAGGAACGAGUCCAAGAGGGCGUCAGCGCCAUCGUGAGAACCAGUGAUGCCGAGAGGUGCUUUUUGCAUCCCGCGAAGGAGACUGUGGGGGUGAUUGUGCCUUUACGGGAGGAGCCCAGCCCCAAAGGAGGCGAAAGCCAGCCGGCGGGGAGAAAGCCAGACGAGACCCUUUCCAAGGCAAGCGACGCUCCGAAGAAGAAGUUUGACGACUCUCUUAGAGCCAACGACAGCGUGAUACUUUCCAACGACAACUUAGGAAAACCCGCCAAGCUACCCUCCCCGAAGGAGCCAGCUCUGGCUUCGGAGGCCGACGAUUUGCAAAAAACAGGUCCUUCGGGCGAGAAAACAGACUCGGCCAGCCGGGAUGCCACACCAUCUCCCGUUUCAGUCCUCUCGUUUAAGAAAACUGCGGUGGGAAAAGAAGGCUCCGAUUCCCAAGUCGCUUUCCCCGAUCAAAGGAAAGCGUGCGAGGAGCAGGAGGCGAAAACUCCGAAGGACUCUGAUCCUCCAGCCGGAGAGCUGCCAGCCCCAGACAGCCUCCCGAACUCCGUCAAGGAAGCUCCUGUGGAGACGAAGAAAGAAUCUGUAAAAAGCAAGUGUAAAUACAAGCUGAUUUCGGAAGAAGACAGUUCUCUGACCGAGAACAGGGAAAUAACCUCUGAGAGGCAGAAAGACGGGAUCAAGCUAACGAUCCGCAUCUCUAGUCGGAAAAAAACUGACCCACUCCCGAACGCCGCCGCUGGAAAAGAGCCGGAGGAGGAGGAGGUAGUCAGCGUCGGUCGCAUUUUAAGACGGUCCCCCCGGAUAUCUAAACCGACCCCCAAGGUAGUCGAGACCCGCGAUCAGAAAUCUGAGAAGAAACGAAGCGAGGAAGAGGAAGAGAAAGCGGCUUCGUUGCAAAAACAGGAGAAGAAAGACGACUCCAAAAAACCAGAGAAGGAGACGAACUCUAAAAGCCACAAGGCUUCCCGGCGAAGUAAAGUUCGAUGGGCUGGCACCCGAACUCGUGGCAGAUGGCGGUACUCGUGCUACGACGACAGCGAAGGUUCUGGGAACGAAGAAGACUCUGAGGAAGAGGAGGAGGAAGAGGAGGAGGAAGAGCCUGUGCCCGCGGAGGAUGACGAACCGUGCAAGAAGUGUGGCCUUCCUAAUCACCCAGAGCUAAUUCUUUUAUGCGAUUCCUGUGACAGCGGCUACCACACGGCGUGUCUCCGGCCUCCGCUGAUGAUCAUUCCAGAUGGCGAGUGGUUCUGCCCGCCUUGUCAGCACAAAUUGCUCUGCGAGAAGUUGGAAGAACAGCUACAGGACCUGGAUGUGGUCUUGAAAAAGAAAGAACGUGCAGAACGAAGGAAGGAACGCCUUGUCUACGUGGGCAUUAGCAUCGAGAAUAUCAUUCCUCCGCGGGAGCCUGAAAUUCCAGAGCCUGUACAUGAAAAGAAGAAAGACACCAAAAAAUCAAAGGCAAAACUGCUUGAAAGGAGGUCAACCAGGCAGCGGAAGUGUAUCAGCUACAGGUUUGAUGAAUUUGACGAGGCCAUCGACGAAGCCAUAGAAGACGACAUCAAGGAGGCUGAUGGAGGAGGUGUCGGAAGAGGGAAGGACAUGUCUAACAUCACGGGGCAUCGAGGCAAGGAUAUCUCCACCAUCCUGGAGGAAGAAAGGAAGGAGAGCAAACGGCCCCCCAGAGCUGCUGCCCUCCGACGCAAGAAACGGCGGCGACUGAACGACCUGGACAGCGACAGCAACCUGGAUGAAGAAGAGAGUGAAGAUGAAUUCAGAAUCAGUGAAGGAUCUCAGGAUGAGUUUGUGGUAUCGGAUGACAACCCGGACGAAAGUGAAGAGGAUCAGCCGUCAAAUGACGACAGUGACGUGGAGUUCUCCAAGCGUCGGCCGAGACGGUACCACCCUAGGCCCAUGAGGCAAAGCCGGCGUCUACAGAGAAAAACAAUCAAGAAGAGGUACUCGGAAGAUGAUGAAGAGGAAGACUCCGAGGAUAACUUAAGUGGCAACUCUGAAACAGAUGCUUCUUCCGAAUACAGUGACGACGAUUAUUUGGAAACAAGACGAAGGUCUCGGCGGAAUCAGAAGAGGCAAGUCAACUACAAGGAAGAUUCGGAAAGUGAAGGAUCUCAGAAAAGCUUCCGAUACGGGAAAGAAAUGAGAAGAAUACAUAAGCGCAGGCUUUCCAGUUCAGACAGCGAAGAGAGCUACCUGUCUAAGCAUUCUGAGGACGACCAGCCCGCCAGGUUGUCCCGAAGGUCGGUCCGGAAGCGGAGCCACGUCACCGACGAGUACUCGGAAGGCGAGGACGACCCCGAGGACGAAGGCCGGCCCGUUCGCAAGCGGGUGAACCGCAUCGAAACGGACGAGGAGGACAACGGCCCCGACGCCGACGCCAGCAAGCCGGCGCCGGCCGAGAAGCCCUCCGCCUCUCCCGCGCAGCCAGACACCGCCAAGAAACCCUGCUACCGGAUAGAAAGCGAAGAGGAGGAUGACUUUGACAAUGUGGGGAAGGUGGAAAGCCCGUUGGACUACAGCCUGGUGGAUUUGCCCUCCACCAACGGACAGAGCCCGGGCAAAGCUAUCGAGAACUUGAUCGGUAAGCCCGCCGAGAAGGCCCCCUUGACCAAGGACAGCACAGCCAAUGCCAGCUUGGCACCCAACGGGACGGGGGGCGGCCUGGAGGCCGGCGGACCCGAGGAGGACGAAGACGAACUCUUGCGAGUGACUGACCUUGUGGAUUACGUCUGUAACAGUGAACAGUUAUAAAACUCCCGUUUUUUGUGCUAAUUUAUUCCAUGGUAGCUCAUACCAGCGGGCCAGUUAUUAAAAGGUGUUUUAUUUUUCCUAGGAAACUCCACUACAGUAUCACUUUUUAGCAGUCAAAAAUUUCACCAGCCCUGCAGUUU